AUGAAGCCGCGUCAAUACCAAACUUGUUCAUCAACAAUGACCAACACAUCCACAUUCAGCACCAUCAAAAAGGUUCUUCUGAAUGAGCCCGUCAGGUCAAGAUCCAUUUCAGAUGAAGACAGCGCUUUUGACUCCGAUGUUGAUCAAAAUGAACCAAAAACGAGGUGGGGGAAGCUUAUCAAAAAACUUGAAGUCCAACCAAAGGGGGAUUUAUCCACAGCUCAAAUGUUUUUGUACAAUCAUGAUUUGCGACCAGUUGAAGAAGCUAGACGUCAAUGGAGCUGGUACAACUAUGUAUUCUUUUGGAUUGCAGACUCAUUCAAUAUCAACACCUGGCAGAUUGCCGCUACAGGUAUGCAGGCGCCAUCAAAUAUGAAUUGGUGGAUGACCUGGUUAUCAGUUUGGUUGGGAUACUUCCUUUGUGGUAUCUUUGUUUCAAUUGGCGCAAGGGUUGGUAUUCAAUAUCAUAUAUCCUUUCCGGUGGCAGUGAGAAGUUCAUUUGGAAUAUAUGGAUCCCUUUGGCCAGUCAUCAAUAGAGUUUUCAUGUCUUGUGUGUGGUUUGCUGUUCAAACAGCUGUUGCUGGUCCCACGUUCCUGUUGAUGUUGCACUCCAUCUUUGGUAAGAAUUUGCCCCAAAAGAUCCCUGACCACAUUAGUGACCCUGACUUGACCACCUACCAGUUCCUCGGAAUCUUUUUGUUUUGGUUAUUUCAACUCCCCUUCAUUUGGUUUCCACCUCAUAAGAUAAGACAUUUAUUUACCGUUAAAGCUUAUGUAGCCCCAGUAGCAGGAUUUGGAUUUUUGAUAUGGACAUUGGUAAAAUCGGAUGGAUUAGGUGAAGUGAUGAGCAAACCAAAUGGAACACAUGGAUCUGCGUUGGCAUGGGCUUUUGUUGAAUCAACAAUGAAUGCAUUGGCUAAUUUUGCUACCUUGAUUGUUAACUCCCCAGAUUUCUCACGUUUUGCCAACAAGCCAUCCUUUGGAAUGAAAUAUUUGGUUUAUACCAUAUCAAUCCCGGUAUGUUUUUCUAUCACAUCAUUAAUUGGAAUUUUGGUGACAUCUGGUGCAGAGAACUUGUACGGUCAAACGUACUGGUCACCCUUAGAUGUCCUCGCCAGAUUCUUGGACAAUUACACUUCUGGUAACAGAGCUGGUGUUUUCUUUAUCUCAGCUGCAUUUGCUUUAGCUCAAUUGGGAACCAACAUUUCAGCCAAUUCAUUGUCCUUCGGAACUGACUGCUCAGCAAUAUUGCCUAGGUUCAUAAACAUAAGAAGAGGAGGGUACAUAUGUGCCUUUUUAGCCUUGGCAAUUAAUCCUUGGAAACUUAUAUCCUCCUCAUCUAAGUUUACAACCUACCUUUCUGCCUACUCAGUGUUUUUAUCAUCCAUUGCCGGUGUGGUUGCAUGUGAUUACUACUAUCUCAGAAGAGGAUACAUAAAGCUAACUCACUUGUACUCACCAACUGAUCCCGAGGAUAGAUCAAUCAAGUCAAUGUAUGCCUACAAUAAGAUUGGUUGCAACUGGCGCGCUUAUGCUGCUUACAUUUGUGGGAUCUUGCCAAACAUUGUUGGCUUUGUUGGUGCUACUGAAACACACAAAGUUCCAAUUGGUGCAACGGAAGUGUACAGACUCAACUUUUUUAUGGGUUUUUGUUCCGCUUGGAUUGUUUACUCCGUGCUCAAUUAUUUCUGGCCUGUUGAAACUGGAAUUCCACCAACCAAGCCAUUUGAAAAAGGAUGGUAUGAAGAAUGGCAGGAUGUGGAAUCAUUUGAGGAAGAAUUGGUGGGCCGAGAAGUACAUCAUGGUAUUGAGACGUUUCAUGAUACUGAUAUGAGCUUGACACACAAGGGUAAGGAAGUGUAA